UAUACACGCCUGAUAUUGUGCGACACGAGCGCAGAAUAAGAAACCACUCGUGGGAGGAGAAAGGAUAAUGAGGAAACUCCGCACCUGCUCGUCUGCUUCAGGUGCCCGGGGCGAGACUGCUGAGGUGGCCACCGCCCGCCGCCCGUCACUGACAUUCACGUGUAGCCUCUGCCGCGCCGCUGUGCUGGUGUGCUGUAUUAGUGAGCUGUAGGGGCGAUGGGUGCCUGCUGGGUGUGAAGGAAAUCGUGGGAUGUUAGAGGAGGUGGCAUCAAGGCGGGCAGUGUGCUGGCGGUAUGGUGUGGGCGGGCACCCUGGCGGUGGUGCUGAUGGUGGUGGUGGUGGUGGUGCGUGGAGAACUGUCUGUGAAAUGGAGGAAUAUUGGUCGUGACCGCCAGUUUAGGCCGUUUGACCUCGAGACUUACGAACGGAUACAAGCUGCGAAGGAGAGGCACAUCCAUCUGACGCUGCAGCUCGUCGAUACCCACGUGCAGCUCUUCAUCAAUGACGUCCUGGAGUAUGAAAGCAAGGGGAAGAGGCCGUCGAGGUUAACUCCAGGGUCGACUCAUUCCGGGGUGCACGUGUUGGUGGUGCACGAGUCUCACGGCCACCUCAUGAUGGCCCAGCACUUCGUGACGCACCAGCCCGCAGAGCACCAGCGGCUGCGGCAGUGCAUGGCCACCGUGCAGCGCGGCAGGGUGGUGGUGUUGCUGGGGGCGCCGGAGUGGGUAAUGUUCCUGAGCCAAGAGGCGGAGGGCGCCCUCACAGCGCUGGGAUCGAAAUGGGCGUCGCGUGUUGCUCAGGGUGAGACGUGGGCGUGGGUGGGCGUGCUGGGAGGAGCCACCCUGGGCGAGGCUGUCACCACGAGGCGGCUCGAGCAAUACCCUGCGUGUGAUCUGCGGCUGGACGUGUUCGUGGCCAAGACCCGGGAGUCAGGCAGCAGCAGGUGUGCGUGGUACGAUGUCCCAGGCAUGCAGCGUCAGGCGACUUUCUGCGAGCAGUAUGAAGGAUACAGCGACCUGUGUGCCUGUGAGCAGCCCUUCUUCCCCGAGACGCGGAAACUGCAGAAAACCAUUACGAUGCGAGAGAAAAUCCCCGUCGUGGUGGUGACUGCAACUAAGCCUUAUUACUUAUACAGACUCCUCCGUCAGCUGUUCACGCAGGCGGGGGCGUGGCAGACGGAUGUGUUACUGGUGGUGGACGGCGCCCAUCAGGAGACACUGUCCUUGGCGGGCGUGCUGGGCGUGGCCUCACUGGUGCACCGCCCGGAAAGUUUCAAGAGGAACCGAACCAACGCCAACAUUCGCUUCGCCCUGCAGAGUGUGUUCCGUCUCUUUCCCGCAGCGGACAAGGCCAUCCUGCUGGAGGACGACUUGCUUCUUUCUCCGGACUUCCUCAGGUUCUUCCACCAGGUGGCGCCGCUGCUGGACCGUGAUCCCACCGUGUCCUGCAUCAACGCCUUUAACAGCAACAGUUUCCCCGACACAGCCAGAGACCCUCGCGUGCUGCUGAGGGCCAGGUCCUACCCCAUGUAUGGUUGGCUGACCUCCAGAGCCUACGCAGCCGAGAUCACACGUAACUGGGUGCCUGAAGGGACGGGAGACUGGGACCUGUGGCUGACGCGGGAGAGCUUGAGGAAGGGCCGUGACGUGGUGUCCCCCGAGGUGUCGAGGACCUUCCACGCAGGGUCGUCAGGAGUGCACGUUAACGGCUUUGAGCAGGAACUCUACUUCAACCGCAUGAUCUACAACCGCGACCCGGAGGUGACCGUCGAGGAGGUGGAACUAACAGUCAGAGCCAAAUAUGAUGAGCUGCUGCACCGUGACCUCAAGACCGCCCAGUCACUCAUACCUCCCUCCCGUGACCUGUGCAACAUGACCUGGGUGCCCCGUAACAGCCCGCGUCCCCUGGCCAUCUACAUCUACGCCGAGGACAGCACCGACAAGUACCACACCUAUGAAAUCUUUCUCAUGUGCUUCCGGACGUAUGACAUCAGCACGCGGGAGAUGUACAGGGGCGUGAUGCGGCUCAGGUGGGGCCACGCUGUCGUUUUCCUGGUGGGCUGCCCUUACUCGCCCUUCUGUGUGUACAGCCCCGAGGACACGGUGUACCUCCCCACCGUGGCGGAGCUGCAAAGGGCGGCGGCUUUCAGGGACGACUGGGAGAUGACGCAGGUGACCAACAAUCCCCGUGUGGCGCGUGACUCCAGCCGCAAUCCUGACCUUGAACUCACCAACGUUCUGAAGAGUGGGAGGACUCAGCGCUCUCGUAGACCAGCGUGAUACCUGAUCUAUUGGGCGAGUGUGAACCUAUUUUCCGUUUUUUUUUUUUUUUUUUUUUUUGUCAAGGAAGAGCACCUAAGCAAAAAAAAAAAUAGAAUAAGUAAAUGAAUAAAUGAACAAUUAAUAUACAAUAAAUAAAUAAAAAUACAUACGUGAAUAGAUAAAUAGAUGAAUGAAUAAGAACAGGUACGUAAGUAAAUAGAUAGAUAGAUAAAUGAAUAAGGAUGAGUAAGGCUCAUUCAACUUUUCACUAACUAAUCCCUCUAAAAAGAAAAAAAAAUCAAAGAAAGAGUUAAAAAGGAGUUAGUUAAUUUAGUUCUAGACGCACCUCGGCAUUCCUCCUUCAAAACAGUACGAGGCGAAAAGAGAUAAGAAGAACUCAACUUCAAUAUUUCAAGAAACGAGUGGCCAACGUUGAGAUAAAUGGAUGUUCAAGAAAAGGUUUGAUUUAUAUUGUGACAUUGCCUACCGUGAACUAUAGAACUGUGAAAGACGUCAAUGGCGAGAUCAUUACUGCUAUUGAUUUAGUUUAAGAUGCCACAAUAAGUAUGAUAAAGCAUGGUUAUGACAGGAGCUGCAUUAUUCAUUCACU